CUAGCACGCUUAGCUUGCCAGGAGCACAUAGCAACUGCGGCUUGCUAACGUCACCGCCGCCGCCGCCACCACCGGGACCCCGGUCGUGUUUACCGCCGCUAUGUUCGUCCAGGAGGAGAAGAUAUUCGCCGGGAAGGUGCUGAAGAUCCACAUCUGCACCAUGGACGGCGCGGAGUGGCUGGAGGAGGUGACGGAGGACACCACCGUGGACAAACUGAAGGAGAAGUGCUUGAAACAUUAUGUACACGGAAGUCUAGAAGACCCCAAAACGCUUACCCACCACAAACUUAUUCAUGCUGCUACAGAAAGAGUUCUCACAGACACUAAAACAGUCGCUGAUGAAAAUCUCAAAGAUAGAGACGUUUUGCUGCUCAUAAAGAAAAGACCCCCACCGACUGCUCCAAAGAUGGCAGAAGUUAGUUCAGAUGAAAAGAAGAAACAAGAUAACAAAGCUCCGGACAAAGAUGCUAUUCUUAAAGCCACCGGCAACCUCUCCACCCGCCACACUGACCGCACUGUUACCCAGCACAAUAUCAGAGACUUUCAGACAGAGCUCAGAAAAAUCUUGGUUUCUCUCAUUGAAGUCGCCCAGAAGCUUCUUGCCUUGAACCCUGAUGCUGUUGAACUCUUCAAAAAGGCAAACGCGAUGUUGGAUGAAGAUGAAGAGGAUCGGGUGGAUGAAACGGCGCUUCAGCAGCUAACUGAGAUGGGUUUCCCUGAGAGCAGGGCCAUCAAAUCUCUCAGACUAAACCACAUGUCAGUGACCCAGGCCAUGGAGUGGCUGAUUGAACAUGUAGAUGACCCCUCUAUAGACACCCCACUACCAGCCCAGGACUCAUCUGGGUCAGCAGGAGCCACGACAGGAGCCACGGCAGGUUCCUCCGCCUCCGCUUCAGCCUGUGGUCCCAACCUUCUCCGCAGCCUCUCCGGCCAGUCGAGCACAGAGGAGAGUGGCAGGCAGGACGAGCUCACGGAGAUCUUCAAGAGGAUCCGCAGGAAACGGGAGUUCAGACCGGACUCAAGAGCUGUCAUUGCAUUGAUGGAGAUGGGCUUUGAUGAGAAGGAGGUGGUUGAUGCUCUGAGAGUCAAUAACAACCAACAGGAUGCUGCGUGCGAGUGGCUAUUGGGAGACAGGAAACCUUCUCCAGAGGAUCUAGACAAAGGCAUCGACACCAACAGCCCACUGUUCCAAGCCAUCCUGGAGAAUCCAGUGGUCCAGCUGGGUCUAACCAAUCCCAAGACUCUGCUCGCGUUUGAAGACAUGCUGGAGAAUCCUCUCAACAGCACCCAGUGGAUGAACGACCCUGAGACUGGUCCCGUCAUGCUCCAAAUAUCCAGAAUCUUCCAAACACUCAAUCGCACAUAGAGCCUUUUGGUGACCCCUUUGUGUGACUGUGGCAGCUUGUGUGUGUGUGUGUGUUUGACCAUAUUGGGAUACGUGUGUGGGUGUGUGUGUGGAAGUGUGUGCAUCUCAGUAGAGACACAUGUAUUGUUUUUUUGCCUUGAUAAACACAAAGCUGGAGGAGUCAGAGUAUGAAUAAAAAUGUUAUAUAUAUAAAUAUAACUAUUUAUAACAGUACAGUAAAAACAUAUACAAAACAAAUGUUAACAUAAACAUUAUUAUUACUGUAAUAAUAAAAGAAUUGCGAUUUACUAUGUUUUUACAUUUUAAUGAGAACAAUUUAUAAAUAAGACAGACAUGAUUUAUUUUAUAUAAUUUCUCCUUGUGCAAAAUGACAUCAGAAAUCAAUUUGUUUACGGUUCAUUUGUAUGUUCUGCAAUAUUUAAAUAUCAAUUUACAGGUUUGUCUGUCUGUUUUAAAUUGUUACAUUUCACCAGAGGGGAAUGUUUGGAAGAAUUUUAUGUCACGGUCAUGUUUUGUUUUAUCUCCCCCUUCUUUGUCUUGCUCUCAUCAAAAGAAAUGCUUCUGUUCGAGAGGCUGAUUGUCCGAGCUGCAGCGUUACCUCUCUCUCUCCGUUCACGCCUGUGAGGUCACUGCAGCUCGACUGUGUAAAGAGAACAACUUGUCCUCGGAGCUUCUUCGAGAAUAUUUAUUUGACUUUCUGGCCCUUUAGAGGAAAAGCUGUUCACUAAACUGUCCGUGUCUUAGUCAUGUUUUUACAAGAAAACGAAAUAUAUAUAUAUAUAAUAGGCUUGUGUGUUUUAUUGUCGAUGUGCUCUUGAAUGUCAUGUUAUCAUGUUGCGUUCAUUUAGCACCUGUUGACGUCUGUGAAUAUCACUGCAGCACCGAGAAGUUACAGAAGCGGAUUUUUUUGUGUGUGUUAUGUCUCAAAAGGCUGUAGUGGGAUGCUGAAUGAAACUAAACCUUAUCAAAGGGGGUUUGUCUUUUUAAUCUUUAAUCCGAAUUUUGAGGAUUUGCACGCUCACACCGGAGAAGCAAGCGUCUACGACAAGCAACCAAUGUCGGGUCUUCUGAUUUACUGGGUUUUUCUGUUCUCUCUUGAGAGCAAUGAACAUUUAUGCUGUCAAACCAAACCGUCACUAUAUAACCUGCCUUGGCAUUAGAUGUAUCCUUUGAAAAUACCCCAAUAUUUCUGUGCAAUAGCGAGGACUCAUGUUGAUCUGUAAAGAAAUAUAUUUGAUUUUAAGGGAGUGUGCACUGCAAUGAGGUGUUAUAAAAUAUCAGCCUUUUUGCAUCAACACUUAAAAUCCCCAUAGCUACAUCGAGGUGAACUUGGCUUCUCCUCACUGUACAGGGGAGUUUAAAAAACAACAUGGAGGACGGUGUGUUUUGCCAAGGUUUUGAGUGUUUUAAUUGUAUAUUUAAAAAUGUGUUGUUGAUGUGACUUUCUGCUCAGGGAGGCUGAGAUUGUUUUUCUAAACCUGUCGUUACGGCAAACCUCUGCUCACCCCCCUUCUAGUUUGACAUCUGACAAUGGCUUUAACUAAUCCGCCUAGAACUUUGCUUAUGAAUGAGAGCACCACGGAAAAAUGGUUUUGUAAAUGCAAUAUUUGAAAGAUAUUUAAAUGUUGUCGAGAGAAGUGUUUGUUUGAACUGUGUAUUAUUACAUCGUUUAUAUCGGAGCCAAACUAGUUACUUGUUUUUGUGUUUAUUUAUAAUACUUUUAGCAAAACCUCGAAGCUUAUCUACAAAUGUGAACAAAUUAAAUGGUUCAAAUUUUGUUUUUACAAACCAUUAUAAAACUCACAGGUCACAGUGUGAUUUCAAGUUGUGUUUGAAUGGAGGGUGACGUCCCCAUAAGUCUCUGGAAGCAUACAAAUAAUAAUGGAGUUUUCAUUUACCGCUCUUUUUUUUCCAGGAGCGUGGUCAUUCUGUCUGAAAGUAGAAUUUAUUGUCACAUUCAAAUUUGUGAUACUUAGAUCUGCUCUUGUCCUGCAUUUGUGCUGUGUGUGUUAGCUUUACUGCUUUGAGAGGGCGUUUACUCUAACCACAAUGAGGGUGGGAUUUGUUCAAGUGCAUGAAAUCCACCCAAGCCACAAAAUAUCUGAGUGCAAGCACACAGUUGUAGUUCUAGCACAGCAGUUCCAAUCCUGGCAGGGGUUAUUUGAGUGUGAGCGCUUGGUUUUGAGUGCAAGCAUUACAAAAUUUGAUCAUGAAAUCUAUCAGUCCAGCUCUCAAACUGAAAAAGACACGCUCUUGAAUAAAGACAGGGAUCAAUAAACCCUGGGAGAUUGCACGAGUUUUACAAAAACGCAGGCGUCAACAGGAACCGAAAAGAACAUUUGGUUGAACUACUUAUUGGAUCAAUGAAGAGUGGUCGGAGUCACAGGUUAUUGUUUUCACUCAGCUUUCAUGCAGGACUGUCCCAGAUCAACAACCUAUGCAAUAUACUCUCACAGUCUGUUCAUUCAAACAGCCGCGUGGCUACUGGCGUCCGAAACACUAUCGCAUUAAAGUUAUUUUUUGUGGCUGUA